GUUGUAAUUCUGUCUGGAAAUGGGUACUUUCAAUUUGAAUGAGCUAAUAACUCUGAACGAAGUUCAUUUUAACAUAGAUACAUAUGUACACUAUAGAGAUGGGAAAAUAUUAUAUACAUACGAGAAAAUUUGUAGACAUCCACACUUUUAUUCCAGUCAUAUAUGAAUACGAGAAUGUUAAUUUACAGGCACAUACAUGCAUGUUAUAUAAUUGGGUGUCUUUUGUAUGUAUGUAUGUAUGUACGUAUGUACGUGUGUAUGUUGCAUGUAUGUAUGAAUAUACUUAUGUAUGUUUGAAUGUGAAAGUAAUAGCAAUAAUUAUAAUAAUAACUUCCUACUGUAUACACAGAUAAUAUAGCACAAGAUGAUUCACAAACGAUUCGAAUUGAUGGAAGCAAGGCAUAAUGUCAUAAAUUGGCAUAGUAAAUACAUGUUACGAGUAUCAAUGAUAUAAUUGAUUCAUUUGAAAAUGUACUUAACAGUAAUAUCAGUGUAAUUACUUCUAUUGUUAGUCAUUAAUUGUCUUAUGGACUUAUUGAGGAUUAUUGUGGUUAUUAAAUGUUCACUGAAGAAGAUGAUCAGAAAUAACAAUUGAGUUUUUGUUAAGAAAAAGUACUUAGUUCGUAUUAAAACUGAUUGAACAUUGUUUUCUGCGAUCACAUUUGUUGAGUGAAUGUGUGAAACAUAAAAGAUAACUUACACUUCAUACCACUAAAAUAAAAUGCUUGAAGAACUAUAUAUUGAUGAUUUAAAUGGUGUGCGCAAUGAUAAUAAAACAGGAAACUGGACUUCAUCCAAUGAUCGGAGUAGAUUAUCACGUUAUCGUGAAAGUUAUUGUUCUGAUGUGGAUUUAUUGCCCUUACUAUGCACAAAAGUAACAGUUGAUAUUCAUCAAGAUAAUAUUAAUAAUAGUGAUUUUAUUCACUUGGCUCAGAAAAACUAUAAACCAUUAAAAAAUAGUGAUGGAGUGAAGACUAAGUCAGUUAACAAUAACAGCGGCAGUGACGAUAGGAGUGAUGAUGAUUAUGAUGAUGACGAGAAUCUUAUGAACUGGUUACUGAAACAGUUUAGAGAGAAUGGUUUAGAUUACAAUGACAAUAACUUAAAAAAUGAUGACUUGGGGAAUUUUGAUGCAUUAAACUAUGUGAAGCUAUUAAAUCACAAAACAUCAACUAUUCCACAUAGUCUACAAAUAGAUGGUUCCAACUCAUCUAUUUCAAGUUAUCAAGCUACAAUCGAUUCAAAAAAAUCAAAAACACAAAAUGAGCACUUAUUGAAUAAUAAUAAUUUUAGUAAAAAACAAUGUGGGCAUAAACAAUAUCAUCAUUUUCCUCGCAUGUAUCCACCUGUCAGAGAUUCAUCAAUCGAGUCAAGAAAGUUGGGCCAAAGGAAUAGAUCAAACAAUUCAAUAGUGACAACAGUUGCAACAACCACAACAACGAACCCAGCUAUUGAAUCAGGGAAUUCAACUAUGCUGAAAACAAUAAACGAUACAAAACACCAAUGUGAACUUAUCAAUGGUUUAUUUCAUCAAAUAACUAAAAAGUUGACUUGUUUACAUGAAUUCGACGAACAAGUUAUUAAUCAACUUCAAAAUGCUUGCCAAAUCAUAAAUGAUUUACAAAAAACAGUAAAAUUAUCCGAAACUUCACUAUUGAAUUCUUUGCAUUAUCAAUUAAAUGAACAUUUUUGUCAACCUAAAAUAUUCACAUCAGAAUCUCAUAAAACUACAAAUAGUUUUAAAAAGAGAACUGGAGUGAAAGAUUUUUCUAAAAAGAAAAAUCAUAAUGUAGAUGGAAAUAUGAAAAUGUCGAUCGUAAAUGAACAAGAGUCACAUUCAGCAUAUAGUCCAGAAUUAUAUUGCCGAUCACCUGUGGAAAAGAAUCUAACUAAACAGGAUAACUGCAAAAGUCCUAUCACAGAGACAAAUGGACGUCAUUCAACUCAAAGAAAAUUCACAGAAUCGCCAUGGGGACCAAUAUCAGUUCAACAAGCAAAAAAAUUAACAAAAGAUUACGACCAAUGCCCAAAAGUUCUUGGUCAAAACAAUAACAAUCGCAAAAGCAAUCACCUUAUAACAAAUGAUAAUUAUUUUAAAUGGCUAAAAUCUUCAAAAUCUUCAAUGAGUAAUAAUAAUUUAGAUAAAUUGAAUGAGUCUAUUUAUCAAACUAAUGAUGUAACUGAUAAAAAGUCUAAUUUGUCAAAUGAACGAUAUUUUAGUCAACUAACUUUACCAAUAUAUUCAACUUUUUCCAGUACCAAAUCACAUACAGUUUAUUUGAAUACAUCCAGAGAAUUUAAUGUUUCCGAGGGUAAUUCAAACAAAUUCACCACAACCAAAGGUAUUCAAUCUUUGUUUAAACUACCAUUCAAAAGAAAAGCAAGUACACCUGGACCAAAUAUUCAAUCUAUAAAUAAUCCGUUAAAAUCUCAUGGACGUUCAGCUAGUUUAGCUCAGCUUCAUACGUCGAAUGAAAAUCCGUCUAUUAUGUCUAAAUCAAAUGAUCAGUUGAAUAAAAGUACCAAUAAAUUAAACGUACCAUAUAUUAAACCUUUACUACUUAAAGAAUUAUCAAAAAUUUGAAAUUUAGAAACCACUGAAGUGACCAUAUUUUUAUUAAAAAUCGAAAAAAAAGAAGAAUCCUUAAAAAUCUUAAUAAAUUGUGACUUCCUCCUUCAUGUUCUUCAUUCGGUUUAUUUCUAUUAAUAAAUAUUUUGUGCGUAAGAAUAUAAUCAAUAAAACUAUUUUUCAAAGUAAAUCAAUGUGCGUAAAAAUAAUGUUUUUCAUUAAAACAUUUUGAUUGCCUGGUAAAAAUGUUUGUAACCAUACCUAUACUCAUUUGUUGUUAGGACAAAGUUAUUAUGGAAUUCAUCGGUAUCGGACAACAGAUUUUGUUCUGCUAUUGAUGUAUCUGACUAUCUUAUAUGGUAUUUAGAGAACUUUAAGUAAUCAAUAGACUAGAAUCAAUCGAAUGAAUUUAUCUGUUGUUAUGUGAUGUAAUUCACUAAUAUUUUAAGAGUGGUACAAAUUUUUAACAGUUUGCUAACAUCUAUCUGAUGUUAGUUUAUUUACUAUAGAUGUUGUAGCUACUUAUUAGUAGCUCAGUGUUCAUUGUAAAAUAUUUUAUAUAUAAAUAAAUACAUAUAUAAAUUAUAACCACCAAACAUACGCAGUGUCAAUUUACUGAGAACGUUUACGUAAUUGGUUAGACUAUAAGGACAAAGAUUACUUGUUCAUAUCGUUAGACCUUACGACAAAUAGUUGAGAAAUAAUAAUAUUCUUUUAUUUUAUUCAGUAAAUAUGUCCCUAAAGUAUUCACUAGUUGGAGAUAAAAAGAUCCAAGAUUGUUCAUCCUACAGAUGACAUUACGUCUUAUUGAUAUUAGAUUCGAAACUGCUUAACUAGACCAUUAAGUGGAAUUAAUUCACAUGAUUGCUUAUGUAACAGACAACGUGAGUAUAUAGCACCACAUUACCGGUCGGUGUGUUUUUACGGUCCUAUAACAGCAUUUCGAAGUAUCCUCAACUCCAUGAAACAAUUAGCUUGAAUUGAGAAGCUUUUUUAUUAAAGAAGGUAACAAGUUAGUUGGGGGACAUUUAUAUCGUUUAAUAAUUCAGUAAAAAUUAUUGCAGCUAAGUUAAUAUUGGUAGAUUUUAAUUGUGUAAAUAAAAAAUCUAUGCAUACACUAUCCUCAAUACAAAAAGUACUUUAUAGCAAUUAGGUCUUAAUUGUGAUUUUUUAGUUGUUUAAAGGUUUUACAAAUAAUUAGGAAAUCAGUGAUGUCAAGGAUGUUGAAGCCUUGAUACCAUUAUUCUUGUUCAGUUAUGCAAACGUUCCACUUUUAGUGUCAUGAUUUCUAUAUUUGUAUCUCUCCUUUUAGCUAGAGUUUUGUCUAGUGUUUACAGUUCGUGAUUUUAGUUCAAGGUCAGUGAAAAUAUUUAACGAAAAUACUAAGGACAUUUAUUUUUAUUUUAGAUAGUCGUAAUUAACGAUGUUGCCAAAUAACCUUUAUUGUACCAGUGACUGACACUUGUUACAAUGUUUGGGUGAAACUGAUUAUCAUGUCAUCACUUAUUCAUUUGUUGCAGUUUAUCAACUAGAAAUACUUAAUUAUGUUGUAUUUCUUUCUCUAUUUGAACGUAGAUACUCCAGUCGCAACAAAUACUGUUAUUGAAAUAUAGUUUUUAACGGGACAAUUAAAAUUUUUCACCGAGUUAAUUAGUGAAAUAAUCAUAUAGAUUGUGACCGUUAACUUGGAGAACUACGAAGCCAUUAUCCAGAAAGUACAAGUUUUUAUAAACAGUUGUUUACGCAAA